CUCGUUUUAGCGGAACACAUAUCGGCCUUUUUCCUCGUGUAACAAGAUGAAGGCUCGCGGUGAGCUGAAGGAGUACAAGGUGAUAGGGCGGCGUUACCCCACGGACAAGGACAGGGUGCCUGCCUUGUAUCAGAUGAGGAUCUUCGCCCCUGACAAACCCACAGCCAAGUCCAGGUUCUGGUACUUUGCCAAGAUGUUCAAGAAGAUGAAGAAGACUAACGGAGAAAUUGUCUGUUGUCAGAUGGUCUAUGAGAAGAAGCCAACUACCAUCAAGAACUUUGGAAUCUGGCUGAGAUACGACUCCAGGAGUGGCACCCACAACAUGUACAGAGAAUACAGAGAUCUCACUGUGGCUGGGGCUGUCACACAGUGCUAUCGUGAUAUGGGAGCACGUCAUCGCGCCCGUGCGCACUCCAUCCAGAUCAUUAGAGUACAGACAGUGGAGGCAUCCAAGUGCAGAAGAUCCAACAUCAAGCAGUUUCAUAACUCCACCAUCAAGUUUCCUCUGCCCCACAGGGUGGUCAAGCAACUGCACAAGCCAAGAUUCGCAACCGCACGACCAAACACGCACUAUUAGCAUGGACCUGCAUUUCUGUCUGCAGAUUUUGUAAUUAUAGUGAAUCUGAAACAUACUGAGAAGAAAAAAAUAAAUGACUUUGAAGAAUG